CAACAUAUGGUAGCAGGCAGCUGACCGCAGGAGUCAUGAAAACAAUAACGUUAACAACUUUCUCAGCAACUUUUCAGGCGUUUGUUUGAGAGAUGAGGUAGGUUAAAAUUGAAGUUAGGUAAGUUACUGUAAUACGUUGUGGCAAGGACCCGACAAGUAACGCUAGCAAGAUACAAUCUGUUUGACAGUCGAAAAAAGAAGGUGCGUCAACGUUAAUUAAGUUGAUAACUUAGCUAGCAAGCUAACUAAGCUGCUAGCUUGUUACUCUAAGAACAUAUUAAGGCUAAGUAACUUAUGUUCUCUGGAUAUGAAAAACCUCGAAGUUUGCUGCUAAACGUAUUUCCUUGGUCGGUUGCGAGCUUAAUGUCAGCGUAAGUGGUACACGACCAUGUCCGGGGGACGAGCGCCUUUGCCAGCCGAUGGGAAUGGCCUGCUCCGCGGGAGCCGCACGAGAUCUUACGGCAGUUUGGUCCGCUCUCCGCUCUCUCCGGUUCGUCAGAGACGCAUUGAACACAAAAUUCAGCCAGGAGAGACACUACAAGGCCUGUCCCUGAAAUAUGGAGUGUCUAUGGAGCAAAUCAAAAGAGCCAACAGGCUGUACACCAAUGACUCCAUUUUCCUGAAGAAAUCUUUAUCAAUCCCUGUGCUGUCAGACUUGGAUGACUGCAGUAACGGGGUGGAUUUGGCAGAACAGGAGGGUGAGAAAGACAAUACUGGCUGUGCUCCUGCUCAAAAUGGGCACACAGGGAGCUCCUCUGGGAAUAAGCAAGAUGAUGGUGAAGAAAGGGCAUCAGACCUUACUCCAGUAGAUUUUUUGAAAAGGUUGGAUGAUUUGAUAAAUCAGUCCAAGCAGGCUGCUGUCAAAGGAUGCGAGGAAGCAGAGAAAAGGGCUGCCGCCUUAGAAGCAGCUUGUACCAGCAGGACAUCAGACUGGCGGCCUCUUACACGGUCACAGAGUGUCAUUUCAUCUUCCAGGAUGCAACAGCAGCAGGCAGCACAUAGGGCAGUCCCCCUCACUAUCACCAAACUCACCAAGAAACUGAGAGACAGGGAAGAUGAGAUAUUUGAGCUGUGACAUGUUUUCUGCUAUCUCACCUUGAUCAUUAAAAAAACUUUUCCAGAAAGUCAUGUCACUGGGUUUGGCCUCCCAGACAAGAGAGCAUUAUAGAUAAAGGAAUAACUUCCUUGCGAUCCUCCUGCUGCUGUAUGGUUUUUACAUAGUACUAUUUAAUAUAGACCUUGUAAUGGGAAGUUACACUGUCUUUUAACAAGUCUUUUUAAUUUAAUAUUGCACUCUUGUAGCCUUGUUUUUUAUUUAUUGAGCUAGGUUCUGAAAAUCCUUUUAUGGCCCAUAGCUGUUUUUUUUUUUUUUUUUUUUUUUUUUUUUUCAGAGCUUGAUUUCACAUGCACGAAAUAAGAGCAUGAAAUGUUAAAAAUCUGAAUUUACAGUCACAUGGUUUCGUCAUAUGACUUCAGUCAGUCAUAUGGUCAGCAUGUGGUUGUGUGUGAUGCUACCUCACAGCCUGGUAAUGCAAAGGUGGCCAAGUUUUCUAACUAAAACCUUUAGCCAUGGUAUAUAAAGUGUAUAAUUCAUGUUCACUGUAAUAUUGAGAGCACAAAAUUGCUCCUAAAUGGGUCUUUGUGUGUCACUGCUGAAGAAUUUAAAUUCCAAUGUAGCCAAAGUUUUAAAAAAAGAGAGACAUGUUUUGUAGAAUAUAUUUUGACAGCAAUAUUUUUUAUUGUUUGUUAUGGGAAUGUUUUUGGUGCAUUUCAUUUAUGUUUUGUAUAGUUCAUUUUAAAAUAAAACAAAAAUAAUUGAU